UUGGGACACAGAGGUUCGAUUCCUUUCCAGAAACGUUCCUUACCGCACUUUGAGAGGUCGCAAAAGACUCCAAAAGCUAAAGGAUUCGUGGAGAACAGCUUUUACACGGGCCUGACCCCCACUGAAUUUUUCUUUCACUCAAUGGCCGGUCGUGAGGGGCUUGUCGAUACGGCAGUGAAGACGGCUGAAACGGGAUACAUGCAGCGACGGCUGGUGAAAUGCCUUGAGGAUCUCUGCGUAAACUAUGACGGCACUGUACGCACUUCUAGCGGCGAUGUUAUUGCGUUCGCUUUCGGAGAGGAUGGGUUAGACCCUGCACUGAUGGAAGCCAGCGAUGGCUACGUCGUCAACUUCGCCCAUCAGUUGGAGCAUGUUCGGAACACUCUUCCAUUCAGCAACGAUGAGGACUUGAAUCGGAAUGAAAUGGAGGCCUUGUGCAAAACAGUUAUUGAUGCCGAAAUCGGGCAGUCUUAUCCGGAGUUUCGAAAUCGAAUGGAGGCUUUCGUGAGGGAUAUCAUCGAAAAAGCUUCAGCUGUCCACAAAAUUCCGAAGGUUUUGUCGUGA